AAUAUUUUUAAAUACUGAAGUGGCUCGUGUGGAAUAUUUCGGCAGCAUGCAAAAAAAUGAGUCAAACAAACAUGGCGGGUGUGUCACCUAUUUCCUUGUGGAACUUAACGAGCACUGCUGGCCUAGGCCGAAUGACAAGUCAGAUGACUAAAUGCCAAUAAUGUCUUGUGGUGAUCGACACACCGAUCUGUAAUGGCCAAGAUGUGGCCCUCAAUUAAGAUUGAUGGUUUUAUGUACGGACGUUGUUUUUACUUCUCGGCCUGUCGAUACAAAGACUAAAGGUUUGUAGUGUAAUAAUCAGUAGCAGUUGUGUUUAGGUCAAACGGUAUUGGUGGAAUAACCUCACCUGGUGAUAAUAUUAGAUGGAAUAACCUUACGUGUAAAUAUAUUUGACGUAGUAACCUCACCUUGUGGAACAACCUCACCUGGUAACUUUAUGUGAUGGAGUAACCUCACCUUGGAAAUUUAUUUGAUGGCACAACCUCAUCCGGUAACUUUAUGUGAUGGAAUAACCUCACCUGAAAUUAUAUUUGAUGGAAUAACUUCACCUGAAAUUAUAUUUGAUGGAAUAACUUCACCUGGUAAAUAUAUUUGAUGGAAUAACUUCACCAGGGUAAUAUUUAUUGAACAUUUCCAUGGAAAAUGUUCGACUAUUGAUGUUACAAGACAUCAAUUCGAAAAUCAUCCUGUAGUGAAAUAGAAACACUUUCUGGUUCUCAAAACCUGAAUUGUGUGUACGAGGAAAGCGUGUUCCAGAUUCACUGUCAUGGUGGUAUGACUUGAGGUGUUCUACGUGUCAUUUAGAUCUGAAUACUGGUAAUUUGGACCGGUUACAGAGUCGAGAGAGGAAUACCUUUCCUUGGACCCAGGUCAGGAUAACCGGAAGUGGCUUUAUUACCUCGUUGUCGUUGGAGGCGCGUGCAUAAAUCCCACAAUUCAAUAGACCAAAAGCUUCAAAAAUAUCGACAUAAAACCAGGAUGGGUUCUAUGGGACGUUGGAUUUGGCUGCUGUGUUUUGGAUUUCUGAUGUGUAGUUGUCACGGUAACGUGGCGACAGCCGUAGAGCCUGUGCUGGUUAUGGAGGGGGAUCCCUAUUUACUGGUGUUGUACGACAUGCACCGUGAGGUGGACCCAGGGGGUAGAUGUAGGAAACUAAACCCACGGGCACUGGAGAUGCUGUGGUCUCUGCGCUGGAUUGAUGGAGUCCUUCAAAGUAAACCGGAAAACAAAGUCGGUCUGUUGGUGUACGACAUGUGUGGUUCCCAGUCCCGAGCCAUCCAAGUUAUCAGUCGAUACCUCAACUCUGAACACUGCGGUAACAAUACCAACCUGGCCGGCGUAAUCAGUUAUACAUCCAAAGACGUUCGGGACACCAUCUCUAACCUGGCGGAACCAUUCGGAAUACUUCAUGCUAAGAUAUCGGUGGAUGAGCAUAUAUCAAAGGGACACGACACGGUCCUAGAUAUCGCUACUUUGUCACCGUGGAAAAUACAGGCCGUGACAGUGAUGCUAAGAAGCGUGGGAUGGACACGGAUUUCGACUUUGGCAGUAAACACUCCCAGUGCGCAUGCGGAACAGAAUCUGUUCCGGAGAAUGGCACUCGACCAACAAUUCUGUGUAACAGAGUCUGGUGUUUUCUUAAACACCUCCUCCAUAGAAUCUCUGAGGUCAAAGGUCGUUGUAGUAUUCGCAACAGGGGAACAUGACCUAAGUGGCUUGGUAUUGGCUAUGCGAGACUUGCGGGAUCAUUUAUUUAUUGUUGUAGGAGAUUUUAACAUUUUGACACUUUCGGCGACUGAUAAUGUAGUGUUCUUGAGAGAGAGCCUUCCAUCCAAAGGGUAUAUGAUUGUUUACCUCGCGAACAUGCUGAAUGAUAUAGAAGCAAUGACGGAUCCAAUUUCUAGAGAAUAUCUUCAGUCGUUGUCAUUUUGUUCCCAAAAUGGCUCCACAGGCCAGACGACAUGUUCUAAGGAUGUGAUGGACUAUCUUUCUCCUCGGAUGAAUGGCCGUGACAUGAUGGCGGUGUUUACGUCAUUUUUUAACCUGGAACGGCUCAUUCUCCGCGCGGAGGCAUUCAACUGCACGGACUUCAAUUUCAAGAAAUGUAACAAAUUCGUGCCCUAUGUUGCACUCAGUAUCAAUCAACCAAAUAGCGGAUUUCCCUUCAAUCUCAAUGAACUGACGGAGGGCUGGUUAGUGGAUGAACCGACAGACAUCCUCAUCGUGUCCGCCAAGAGUGACAACGUCACAGAGAUUGGACGGAUUUUCAGAGAUGACUUCGUUUUGUCUACCUCAACAAUUUGGCAGGAUUUCCAAAGUAAAAUAAACCGAUCAAAUUGUGAAAACGAGGACUGUAUUUCCUGUGACGCAUGUGUACAUUCCGAUCAGGAUACAACGACAACAGCAUUUCUGAAGGGGGAACUAUAUCUUGGCGGGUUGAUGCCACUCCACCAAUCAUCACUAAAUGGUGAUCGUUGUGGUGCGAUAUCAUGGGAAGCCACCCAGCUAACAGAGGCGUUUUUGUAUGCUGUUGACACCGUAAAAUCACGACACCAUUUGUCGAAUCUUCUACCGAAUGUAGAUUUGGGCGCGUUCGUGUUAGACUCAUGUAGAAUCAGUGGGAACGUAGAGAAUGUUAUAGAACAGAACCUGGGAUGUCCAGCCGCCUUUCAGAAAGACAAUCAUGUAAAUAUGGAUGAUGUCGUGUCUUUUGUAGAAUUUAUCAACAACCCAUUUGAAACAAGAUCUGAAUUGAUUUCAGAGAAGCCUCUGGUGCGCCUUUCAAAUCAGGGUGUGGGUAUGAAUGACUUUUUGUUCAGUGAUGACAUCCCCGAACUACUCGCCUUGAUGACACGUAUGAACUGGACAUACAUCAGUGUAGUCAUAUCUGAACAGGUGGACAAGGAUGAGUCAGUUCAGAAGGUACUCCAGACUUUUAGACAGGAAGGUAUAUGUGUGUCACAGGUGGUUGUCUUUGAUUCCACGAAACCUGACAUGAUGAAUGUGACGGCUUCUGUAUUUAAUCUGUCAAGGAAUACAGAUGCAGUUCUUCUCCUAACGUUACCCGUAGAUUCUGCCAGAAUACUCGACGGCGCAAAAAAUGCGUACAGUAUGAACAUACUACUGGCACCGUGGAGUCUACCUGAGGAGUCGGACGUGGAUCUGCCUGGUAUGGUCAUUGUUAAACCAAAAUAUACAACCGAUCUUAAUUUCUAUUCUCACAUGAGAAACAUCGACUCGAUGAAGCAUUCUCGGAAUCCCUGGUUUGGUAUUUACCAUGAAAGUCAACGCCACUGUCACUACCACAGCGGGUCAGAGAACAUACUCUACCCCGAACAGUGCAAUGACAAUGCCACUGUUGAGGGGCAGACCAAUUCAACAUUGGUCACUCGCCUUGUUCACACAGUCGAUCUGCUGGUAAAGGCUAUCGACAUGGUAUACAAGGACACGUGUCCUCUUCAGUCCGGACUAUGCCAGGAGUGGAGGAACCAUACCGAUAUCCAGUCUAGGAUCAAGUCCAUGAUAAUGUCUGUGGAGUUGACAGACGGAAAGGAUGUAUUACGUUUCCAUAACAACGGAGUGCUAAAGUUGCCACACGACAUCCUGAAUGUUCGGUUACAGGAUUCCUUCGACACUGAGAGAAUCAAGAUUGGCCACGUUGUGGACAGCGUUCUAACAGUUGAUGAUAACUCUGUGAUGACGUAUGAUCAAUCUGGAAUCCCAUUGGUUGUUCCCCAUCACUGCAGUAGCUGGUGCCCUGAGUGUAACGUCUGUCCUUCACCUCCUCCGAUGACGUCACGUGACCACCUCUACCUGCCAGGUGACUUAGUGUUUGCGUCCGUAUUUCCAAUACAUGACAAAGGUAAUAUGCCUUUCACGUGCGGUGGCCUGACGAUAUCAAUGGAAACUGAAGAACUCGUGGAUGCCUUUCUGUUCGCUGUUGCAACAGCCAAGGACCGGUAUCCGUAUCUCUUUCCGAAUGUUACCGUCGGAUCUCUGGUCAUCGAUUCGUGUUCAGAUGCAGAUGACACUCUAAAAACAUUAAUGAAUUUCGAGACAUGUUCAGCAGCAUUCUCAAGCACUGAAAAUUUAGCUUUGUCCCCAAGUCCUGCCCAAGUUUCAAGUUACCUUCUGUUUGGAGAUCCUGACAUGACAGUACCAGCAAAGGCUCUUGUUGACAAAAUCGGAAAACUAGCAUUGUCAUUAGGAAAUGAGGAAUCUGUAUUCAACGACCCUUUAUCACGACAAGUAAUCAUGCUAAAUCCUUCGGAAACGGUGUAUGCUAUUAUAGACUUUCUGAUCAAAUUGGACUGGACAUACGUGUCCUUAGUUAAUUCUAGAUCGGAAAAGUACAUAUCAGCUUUAAAAACAUUUAUGACGCACUCAAAGAACUAUAACAUCUGUGUUUCAUUUAACCAUUCCAUUGAAGCUGGUGAUACUGUAUCUACACUAGCCGUGAUCGAUAUGAUAGAUCAAUCCCCCGCAAACACCGUUAUAAUACUUGCUACUGAAACAGACGCUAGGUAUUUACUGGCGGAGUUAGCAUCAAGGCGUGUUUCAAAGAAUUUCAUCAUUGGAGACAUCGCUCAGGACUGGGAUAAUGUUAAGGAUAUUUCUAUCCCGCUUGGCACCAUCGUUAUGGACAAAGCUUGGAAAAUAAACGAGGACUUUUACCACUACUUUGUCGAUCCCAUCCACACCGUCAAUAGUUCAUUGGGAAACGCCUGGUUUACAGAAUUUAUUAAAGACAGGAAGCGCUGUAGAAGUGCCGGCAACACCGCUUGUAUAGCCUCGUCUAACAUACUUCUGGACGCCUCGAAGGUGGUGCUUGGUGUGGACGUGAUGAUGCACAUUCUGAAUCAUCGAUAUUGGAGACUCUGUCCCACAGGAGAUGGACUAUGCUCGGCUAUGCAGGACGUGGGCGGAAACCCUUCGGAUAAUCCUGAGAAUAUCUCCUUCCUUUACCAGGAAAAUCUCUCUAUUCAUGUUCCCAAUGCAUCAACUUCCUCUGGAACUUACAUCGUCAAUAGUUUCCAGCCCAGCGGAUUCAAAAAGGUUGGUGUUUGGCGUGCCGGUAUCUUGGACCUCGAUACCACCAAUAUCAAGGCUUAUGACAGUAACGGAAUGGCAUACACAUCUAUCCCAGAGUCACGAUGCUACCAAAGCUGUGUAUGUGUUAACUUUGGAUCAGAAAAUUCUACAGACGAAGAGGAUAAAAUGGAUCUGUUUCCAGACUUGUUAUUUUACGAUACUUCAGCACAAUUUGACAAUAUGCUAUGGGCCGUGAUGGUUCUGAUUGUUUCCCUAGGUGGCGCUUUUGUCGUUCUGAUGUUCAUGUUUUACGUGAUCUAUAAGGUGUGUAUAGGGUUCCUGUAUAGAAGGUAUAUCAGCCUCGGUAUGCUGAUGCUGCUCUCAGUGAUAUUCCUCUACUUGGCAGUAGUUCCGUUCGUUUUUACUCCGAGUGACAGAGUGUGCGCUUAUCGGAGACUCAUUCCUGGUCUGGCUUAUGCAUUCCUGUUUGCGACGAUUCUAGCUAAGCUAAUGGCGCUCAGAGCUUACAAACUAAUCGGUCUUGGAGGAGAACUGUCCAGUAUUAAUCAGUUCCUAGCCAUACUGUUUAUAACUGGAAUACAGGUAGCCUUAGGAGCCCAGUGGCUGGUGUAUGAGGACGAUUUCGUCAUUACCAGAAAUAACACGACUGUGCAGUAUGCUUGCAUUUUCGAUAAGUUUAAAUUUGUUAAAUACCUUUCAUAUGUAAUGUUUAUAAUAACGCUGUGUGCAGUGUAUUCGUUAACCGUAAGGAAUGAGAAGAAGAAUUUAGGUGAAGCCCGUCUCAUCCUGGUGGCAAGCUGGGUCACUAUUUUUGUAUGGAUAGCUUUUCUUGUCGUCAUAUACUUGGAACCACGUGACUAUGUAGAGCCAACCAUCUGUAUAGGGAUGAUUGCGUGCGCAACUAUAAUUCUGAUGGUUGUUUUCGUACCCAAACUGUAUAGGAUCACAAAUCUUAAAUACGAUAUUAAAGAUUCGGGUAUGGAAAACGGAGGACUUGGUAAAGUAGACGCUGAAUUCAUUUUUGAGAGACCAUUUACUCUUCCUGCCUCGUCCACGUCAGAAGCGACGUCGUUCAAGUACUCUGACAAAACAAAUCCAAAAAGCAUCUCUACCUUCGACACGACAAUGAGUUACUAAGGCGAUUACUGUAUAAUGUACGCGUGUAGUAUGUGCUAUUUGACCCCUGGAAGUUUUAUAUAACCGUACUUGCCCAACUUGUUUUGUACGUUAUUGAUUUGAGGAUUAUGUAAGCUGCAUCAUGUCAGUGGAAAUAGUUGUGAAAAUAGAGGUUACACAACGAGUGGUAGUUGUACAUGGUAUUUCUCUUAAUCGAGUUAGUUAUUUUAUCAAAUUUGUUGUUUUGCUUUUUUUCUUUUGAAAAAUAGCUAACGAGAGUGUAAGAACAACCAAAUGUAACAACCACGAGUUGGGUGACCUGUUUCUACCACAAUAGAAAAGAUAUUUUGAGAAUGAAGUUACCUGUUUUGUGUCAACGUGUUCUUUUCACAAUAUCAGGUGUAAGGAUAUGACCUAAUUUGAAAUGCCGCAAAUUAAUAUGCAAAACUGACAAUUCGGAAAUGUAUGAAAACAUUACAAAUUAUUUCAAAUCAUAAGAAAAUAAAAAGUUGGUGUAUUUUUUCAAAGCAAAAAAAUUAUUAAAAAUCUAUAUACGUUUUCUAGAAUAUAACAAAACAACUGCGAACUACUUCUUAUGCGUUGUCAUUUACAGGAAACGACUUUCAAGUGUUAGCCAAUUAAAUUGCAUUGAACCACAUGAUUAAAAAAUAGUACCGGUCAUAUAUCACCUUGUCAACCAAUCAAAACGCAUUUAGAGUUUAUUCCACGUGUGGUAUAAACUGAAUGUUAUUCAGUUGUAAUAAUUAUUCAAUGCCUUGGUAGUUGAAUAACACCCACCUAUUGUGGUAGAAACGUUUGUACAUGUGUUCAUAUAUCACUGAUUACUAAUUAUCUUAACGCUGCAAAACAACGAAAUCGGUAACAAAUACAAUUCGCUCACGUGUUGAUUGAUAUAUUUGUUGUGUGGAAGUGAGAAUAAAUGCAAACGGCGAUAACCUAUAAAACACUACUUAUAAAAGGAGUUUUUUUUCUGUGAUUUCGGUGUUGACCCGUUUAUCGAGGACUGCACUUCAAUUGUAUUGUGUUUGUUUAUUUCGAUUGUAUUGUAUGUUUGUAUACUUUGUGUGUAGGCCACAGGCGCAAACCUCUGAAAGACAUGUUCAGCAGAGAGUGAAUACCCGACGUCUGUCGUUGACAUUUACAAUGAAAUAGUUGUGUGUCUACAUUAAACGACGUCACAAUAGUUCAUGUUAAUAAAAUAUAAUAUAUCAUA